UGCACCAUCUCCUUCAUUUUCUUUAUUUCUUAAUUUCUUAAUUCCUUGAUGCGCAAAUUGAAAAAGCAUAAUGUUGGAAAUGGGAGUGAAUAUUAUUCCAAAGAAGUUUGAGAUUGAUGAGAUGUCGCGUGUGAUAUUCUAUGAAAGCAGUGGAAGCGAACAUUCACCUGAAAGUUCAAUUUCAGAUCUAUCGUUCAUGGAGAAAAGUUCUGUGAGAGCAGUAUUAGGAGAAGAAGAUGCGGCUGUUCUUCUUCUUCAUCAUAAGGAUAAUUCCAACUUUGAAGAAUGGUUUGAUUAUUUGGAGAAGAAAGAGAUUCUGCAAGAGCUUUUUGGUUCCGAUGAAGUCAAAGAAAGGAUUAGAAGAGAGACUCAACUUGCAAUUCAAAUUGUUGCUGGAGAUAAGUCUUCUCCUGGAUACAAACGCCUCAUCAUGUCAUUCUUGCGGGAGAGAGGUUUUGACGCAGGUCUUUGCAAAACUAAGUGGGAAAGAAAAGGAAGAUUUCUACCUGGUGAUUAUGAGUACAUUGAUGUGAAUUAUGGUGGAAGUCGAUACAUUGUUGAAAUAUCCCUAAUUUCUGAAUUUGAAAUAGCUCGGCCGACGAAUCAAUAUAGUUCUUUACUUGAUGUUUUCCCAUUUGUAUUUGUUGGUAAAGUGGAAGAGCUCAAAAAAAUUGUGAGGCUUAUGUGUACUGCUAUGAGGGACUCUAUGAAAACAAUGGAUAUGCCUGUUCCUCCAUGGAGAAGAAAUAGUUACAUGCAAGCUAAGUGGUUCAACACUUACAAGAGAACAACUAAUGAGGUUGCAGCUAGAAAGUUCAAUAUUGGAUUUGAAGCAAAACCUUUGCAAGCAUACAAUCGCAUGGAUAAAUUUGGGAGUAAAAUUGCUACCAAAGUUGGCUAUUUAACUACUGCAUUCAAUGUAGAUGGCAUUGGAAUCUAAUUAAUAAGUAUAGUUAUAUUGAAGAAGCAUGUAUAUAAAAUACUUGUUUUUUCUUUGGGUCAUUGAGUCUAACUCCUUAGCACAGGGCAUAGAGGUCUUUAGAAUAGUUUUCUUAGUGCUGUGUUAUGGGGUAAUUUUGCCUUUAGAGUUGGGAUGAUUUUGGAAUCCUCAUUUUUUUUUUCUUUAUUUAUUCAAUAUAAUAAUUUAAUGAAAAUUACAGUAAAAUGUA